AGCAAAUUGCCUAGAAGCCAUGUUGGAACCAGUGAAUUAGUUCGCUAUCAAAUCAACGAUUGAUUAAAGAAAAUGGCGGUCGAGUCCGUAUCAGUAAAUAAUACCUAUCUAAAGUUGUGUUUAUUGUUAUUCUUUUCACGAAAGACAAAAUGUAGUGAUUGAAUAAGUGAGUUCAUAUGACCUAAAACUAAUUUUGAACUUUCAAUGUGUAUGUUAUGCGUCUAGAAUUAUGUAAGAAUAAAGACGCAAAUCGUUCAUAUUAAAUGAUCAUAGCAUCUAAACAAAUGAAUAAAAAUGGGGACCUUCUAUAUGAUCACGAUUAUAACAAUCGUGUUUUUGAUACGAAUAUCUAUGCAAAAUGAAAAUAAUGAAUGCCCACAGAGAUGUGAUUGUUUAGAACAGUAUGUGGAUUGUUCAAAAAAAAAUUUGGUGUCAGUGCCAAGAAUUCCGAAGUGGGUGGAACAAUUAGACUUAAGUUACAAUAAGCUGAGCAAAGAUGUUACCGAAGGCUUCAAGGAAUUAUCGUCGUUAAAAAUAUUAAAGUUAGACAAAAAUACACUAUUACAUAUUCCUAAUUUUCUUUAUCCUAACCAAAUACAAGAAGUAAGUCUGAAUAGAAACAGUAUUAGUUCCAUUGAUACCAAUCACUUUCCAAUGAAUAGUACAAUAAAGACAUUAAGCUUGAACAGUAACCACAUAAAAUUAAUAAAAGAAGGUGCUCUUAAUAACUUGACUAGUUUGAUGACAUUAAAAUUAAACAGAAAUGAACUUGUUUCUCUGCCUAAUCAUUUGUUUAUUCAUCAGUCUAACUUGAAAGUAUUAGAACUGAAUCACAAUAAACUUCAUGUUAUUAGUGGCUUACUAUUUCAAGGAUUGUCAAGUUUAACAACUUUAAAAUUAAAAUUCAAUAACAUUGAAAACAUUUUGGAUGGAGCAUUUUUUGGAUUUAAAUCUGUCAGCCUAUUGCAAUUGGAUCACAACCGUAUUAAAAGUAUAUCCAAAGGAUGGAUGUAUGGUUUGGAAUCUUUAACAACAUUAUCUUUGUCAAAUAAUUUAAUAUCUCAAGUUGAUUUUGGCAGUUGGGAGCUGUGUACAAAUUUAGAAAAUUUAGAUCUCUCUCACAAUUACUUAGUGGAGAUAGAAGGGCGUACUUUCCAGCAUUUAACUAAUCUGCAUAUUCUUAAUUUGAGUAAUAACAAUAUUUCUGCUAUAUCCCAGGAGGCUUUCAGUCACAUGAUUCACCUACAGACAUUGUUUUUAAACAACAACAAAAUAUCAUGGACGGUAGAAGACAUGUCUGGACCAUUUUCAAAGUUACAGAACUUGAUAAUAUUUAAUUUAUCUGCAAAUCACAUAAAAUCUAUUAGCUCAAGGGCUUUUGAAGGCUUAUCAAACGUUGUUGAAUUGGAUUUGAGGGCUAAUAACAUAACCUCAAUACAACAUCAUGCUUUUGAUUCCUUGUCGAAAUUAAGAAAGCUUUAUUUGAAUUCCACAUCCUUGUUAUGUGAUUGCAACUUACUGUGGAUGGUAAAAUGGAUAAGAGAUAAGGUUGAACAUAAGCACGUUACAGCGACUUGUGCCUAUCCAGCUGAAGUAAGAGGAGUCACUAUUGCAAAGUUAAAGGAAGAUAAUUGUGGAGAUUCCCCAAAACCUAAAAUUAUAGAACACCCUAAAUCUCAUCUUGCAAUAAAAAACAGAUCGGCCAAUUUAAUCUGUUCAGCUACAUCUAACCCUUUUAGUAAUAUGACAUUUUUGUGGAGGAAAAACAAUGGCAAUGUCAGCAACCCAGCAGUGUAUGAAAAUAUUACUUUAGAGGAAAAUGGCAAGCCUCAUGCAACAUCUGUUCUUGUUAUUCCAGAUGUGUCACAUUCUGAUUCGGGUAAAUAUCAAUGUGUAGUUAGUAACAAAUUUGGUACUACAUACUCAUCAAAGGCUAAAGUUAAUAUUGUAACAUUUCCACGUUUUAUAAAAACUCCAACAAAUGUAACUGUAAAAACAGGUGAAACGGUUACUCUUAACUGUGCUGCAACUGGUGACCCUCAACCAGAAAUAUCAUGGAAGAAAGAUGGUGGAAAUGAUUUCCCAGCUGCUAGAGAGAGACGCAUGAAUGUAAUGCCAACUGAUCACCUUUUUUUCAUUGUCAAUGCUAAAACUACAGAUAUGGGCAUUUAUAGCUGUGCUGCUAAAAAUCCAGCGGGGUUUAUUAUGGCUAAUGCAACUUUAACAGUGUUGCAGGAACCAUCCUUUAUUAGGGUGAUGGAGAAUAAAGAAGUAAUUACUGGUGAAUCUGUUGUAUUACAAUGUAUGAUAACAGGUUCUCCAAAGCCAGUGCUAAAAUGGUUUAAGAAUGGUACUCCCAUUGUGCCCACAGAACGUCAUUAUUUUACAGCUGAUGAUCAAUUACUUGUCAUUAUUGGGGCCGAAUCUAAUGAUGCAGGCCAAUAUGAGUGUGAAAUUACUAAUGAAUUAGGCACUAAAAAAGACAUGAUUGAACUUAAAGUACUACCUCCAGUAGCGAUAAUGGUUAAAGAAGAAGAUAUGACAGGAAUAAUAAUAAUAACUGUUGUGUGUUGUGCAGUAGGGACUUCAAUUAUAUGGGUGGUUAUAAUUUAUCACACUCGACGACGCAUGGCAGGCGCUGUGCACAGGUACCCUCCUGAAAGUGUGAAAAUGACACAGGUAGUUCAUAGUGAUAGUGAUUCACCGCAAAUGUUUCCGGACAAUCUGUCAGAACAUUCUUCAUGCAAAGACAGUGGAACAGGUGACUCUGCAAAACAAACUAGCAUCGAUGGCGUACCCUCAGAUAGAAGUGAGCCAGUACACUUUGAAACAGCAGUUUGUCAAAAUUACUCUCCAGUGCCAGAAGCACAUAAACUUUUACCAUCAUCUUUUAAACCGUCUAUACAAGUUUGUGUAAAUACGUGUGUUACACCUGCUACUUAUAGCUUCUCUAGUCACAGUGGUAAUGUUUAAGUCUAUAAACUUAUACUUGUAUUAAGGAUAAUAUAUUAUUAACACAUUGCAUUUAUUACUAACUGGAGAUUAUAAAAGCUAAAAACAGUAAACUCUGCCACCUGUAUGAAUAACCUUUGUACAUACCAUAAAGGGUCAAUUUUAAUUUCUUAGUUAGUAAAAGUGCACUGUUUAGGCAUUUUUAUC